AUGUCUGAUACUCCAGAGUCGCUAAAUGAUCCAACCAAGGAAACCUCAGCGGUUACUUCAUCGGGUGGUGUUGAAGAAGUGAAUGGAUCAACGAGUAAUGAUGCAACGACGAAGGGCAAAAAAAUGGGGCAAUUGACCUUUGACGAUUUUGAAGGCAUAAAGCAUGUGGAUACUCCACCUGAUACUUCUGCUCAUUCGAUGGGGUUGCGUAGAUCGAAACGUAUACCUCAGGUGAAGGUUAAUAAGGAGAUGCAAGUAUUGGAGGCGGAGGAAGAAGCAGCUGCUGCUGAGAGAGUACGGAAGCAGAGAGCUGCUCAGAAGGCAAAGGCAAGGGCUAGGCAGAGGGAGAAACUGGCGAAGGAGAAAGUGCAGACAGGUGAAGUGAAGGUUGAAAAUAAGAGUAGUGGAUCUGCAAAAGUUACUGGAAAUCCAGAAUUUUACGAGCCUCCGGUGAUUAAUGACAACUGGACCCCAAAUAUGCCUCUAUUGUCGACAGAUUUUAAAACGCAUCAUAGCGUCCUGUCCAGGCUGAAGAACCCUAAUAUGAGACCGGUCAAGUAUGCGGGUGAUGUCAUCAAGCUAAUGUCAUUUGUCAACAAAUUUCAUCUGUUUUUCGACCCUGAGCUAUUGAAUUUAUCGUUCCAGGAUUUUGAGGUGGGGUUGGACCUCUACCCGGGAUCAGCUACAGGAACUGCAUCUGGCAUUUUCGACUCAAAGACCCAGCGCACCCUCUACUAUCAGGACAUUUUACCGGUGAAGAAUGUAGUUGCCGCCCAGGAUAAGAUGAACCUUUUGUUUUGUACUCUACUAAAGCUGACUUUCAGUACAAGCAAAUCGACAGAGAUUCAGAGUAAAGCUCAACCACAGGCUACAAUGAAUCAACUAAAGACCUCGAAGAAACUUUUCCCGACAUUGGUGAAACAAUUACGUGAAAAUGCUAGAAUCUGGGGUUACCCAAGGGAAUGGCGGGACAAUUCUUUAACGAAUGAAGACAUCGCCACGCCUCAAUCAAGACUUUUUGAAGAUGAUGACAAAGGUACUCCUGUAGAUGUCAAAAAUCCUGAGAUACUGACGACCAACAUCUACUCGUGGUCGCGUCGUGAGCCAGUACCCUUCGAGAACGAUCCCUUACAGAAUACCGAUCUGGAUAAAAGAGGCAUUCUGGCACUGGAUCCUGACGAUCGUAUGAUUUGUCUCAGAGCGCUCACUGAUUGGUGUGGUGCACAAUCGCCAAAGAUUCGUACCGAAACUUACCAUUUGUCCCACUUCAAGAGGGAUCCGACCUUUGGUAUUCAAACCUAUCACGCUCCAAGGUACUUAGUAGAAGGGGCUGAUGUGACUUAUGAGCAGUUCAAAAAGCUGUGCUCAGUAAUUCAGUCGAGGUAUGAGAUUAGAAGUAAGAAGAAGCAUGUCAAGAAGCAUCUUAGAAACGGUAGACGCCCCGAUUUGGCUAUGAAACUGAAUUUGUUGAAAGAGAUAAAAGCCACGUUGAGUGCAGCGCCCAAGGAGGAGAAGGAUAAGACCUUGGUGUCACUUUAUGAUAAAUGGUGCAAGCUGUUCAAUGGUGAGAUUUUGGACAACCCCUUGAGUGAUCCUUUUGAGGAUGAGCUUUAUAGAUUGAGGCAGCAAGAGUUCUUCGUUGGAAGAGUUCCUCAUAUUGGAGAUUUUUUCCUUCCCCGAUUGCAGACAUACCCAUCCUCACCAGUCGUUAGCACAUACCUCGAUUUGAGAAACCUACAAGCUCUAUUUGAAGACUACGCAAAUGGAACUAUUGAUGCAUACACACUGUUCGAAAAUCAUGGCCAAAGCAUGAGCUCGCAAUUUAAGCUAUUUUAUCGUGAUACACCCUCCCUAUUGCGCGAUACGAUCCAAGGGAAGGCUACUAACUCAAAGAAUUAUUGGUAUGAAAUGUGCCACGAUUGUCAGACGUUGCAAGAGUUCUUGGACUUUUUAGACUUUAAAAUUGUUUCUGGAGAAGCUGCCCAGGAUUCCGAUACCGUGCAAGAGCAAGGGAAAGAGAUACAUGUUGAAGACCCAGCUCAAGUCCAUUCGCCAGUUGCCAACGGUCAAAGCGAAGUACCAUCAUCGGAAACCGAGAAGUCCAAGGAAAAUGGUGAAAAGAAAGCCAGUGAGACGACAUCGACGAUAAAUAAGCAUCCCUUGCCAAAGGAAGCAAGAUUUAAUGCAGCAAGAAAUAAGCUGAAAUGUUUGAAAGGGUUCUUAAGUGGAAUGCUACCUGUUUUACGUGUUUUCGAGCAAUUAAGGGAAGAGUAUAGUGACAUGAAACCUGGUAAGCGCGUCCUGAGAAGGUCUCAACGGCGUGGUAUGAACUACGACACUGGUGCAGUUAGUGAGGGAGAUGAAGUUGAUGAUGAGUAUUUAGAGGAAAAUGAUGAUGACGAUAAUGGAAUGGAUGAGUCCGUUGAAGAAAGUGAUGACGAUGAAGAGGUAGAGCAAGAGCCUGAUUUGAAAAAGGCUCGCGUGGAAAGAAGAGAGGCGAGAUCUACACGUAAAAGCAGUAGACGAGCCUAG